GUGGUCUCACACGUCGGGAAGUGGGACAGUAUGGCCGUCAAUUGGUUCUGCCGAAGUUGGGUCCCGAGGGGCAGCGGGAAAUCUCCCGAGGAAGCGUGCUGAUCGUGGGUGCUGGUGGAUUGGGAUGCCCAGUUGCCAUGUACCUUGCUGCAGCAGGCAUCGGGCGCCUGGCGAUCGUGGAUGGUGAUCACGUGGAGGACUCCAACCUUCACAGGCAGAUCGGGCAUCCCUGGCGAAAUGUGGGCAAAAGCAAGGCGGUGUCGCUGGCCGAGACCUGCCGGGAGCGGAACCCGAACAUCUGCGUUGAGGCCCAUGUCAAACGAAUAGUGGGCACGGAGGAAGCGGCUUUCCUCAUGCAAAGCUACGAUGUGGUCGUGGACUGCACAGAUGCACCACGAAUCCGCUACCUGCUGAACGAUGCUGCCGUCGCUGCGGGCAAGCCGCUCGUGGCGGCGUCGUCCGUCGCGCUCUACGGGCAGUUGGCCAUCUACAACUUCGAAGGCGGCCCCUGUCUCCGCUCCGUUUUUCCUCCGCCGACGGCUGAAGCAGACCUGGCCCAGGUCGCCUCCUGCGAGGAGAGCGGAGUCCUCGGCCCUGUGGUUGGGGUCAUCGGGUCCAUGGCAGCGCUGGAAGUCAUGAAG